AUGGCAGAUGAGACGGACAAUAAAAUUGGAAUUAUAAGCUAUACUUGUAAUAGUAUUGGGCUGCAAAAGUCAUGGUGGCUUCACUGGCAUUUAACAAAAGCAACAGAAAUAAUUAAUCAAACAUGGAGUAUUCAAUUGUUUUUGUGGUUCGGCAAAUUAUUUUCAACAAUUCUCGUUAAAACCUACAGCAUCUCGUACCAAAUCCAAUCAAAUUGGAGAUAUGCAUUUUAUGAUGCAGUGAUAGCAAUUUCAUCUCUGUUACAACUUUAUAUUAUUGUUAUUUUUUGUCAUAUAACAAGUAACCAGGCAAAUAAAGUAGCUCAAAAAAUUUUAACUUCCAUGAAAAUUCAAAACAAGAAAGAACGUAAUUUGCAGAACAAGGAUUUAGCAAAUGCAUAUUUUUGUACAAGAAAAAUACGUUUCACAGCAGCACAUGGAUUAAUUCACAUUCAUCUUCCAUUAUUAAUUUCUGUAAGUAUAAUUAGUGCAAUAACGACGUAUCUUGUUAUUUUGUGCAAAACACCAUAA